CCUCCAUUUGAUCUUCAUAGUCUCAAUUAUUACAGUGAGUGAGUGAGUGAGUGAGAGAGAGAGACUCGUGUGGGUUAUUCUCUUUCUCUGUUUUGUUAAUCUUGUUAUUUGAUUCUUCUCUGUCACACCUAGAAAACCCCCACAAAAUCCUGCUCUCUUGCCUAACAAACACAUCUAUGGCAUUGUGUAGAAGGACUUGAAGUUGUGCUCUGUUUUUGAUAGUUUUGUUCUGUUUUUCUUUUCUGGGUAUUUUAGGGGGUUUUGGUUCAAAAUGACUCCACAAAUCCUUCAGAGUGAUUGUAGUACUGGUUUCUAUGGAUAUCAAGAGAUGAGCUUUUUUCCUCCUCCUGCUCCUCCUCAACUUUCUCUCUCUAACACAUUUGGGGGUUUAGUGGGUAAUCAUCAUGUAGGGACGGAGAUUCCUGAAAUGGGGUUUCAGAUUUUGGGCGACCAAAACAAGAAACCAUGGAGUUUUCAUAACAGGGUAGACAAGAUAAAUAAUGGUGAUGGAGAAAAGAAGAAAGUUUUGUCCUUGAAGUUAGGUGAAGAAGAAGAGCAGCAGCAGCAGCCUCAGGCUAUUAGGAGCUCUGUCUCUGGCAGAAAUGGACACACCAAGCUUUGUGCUAGAGGCCAUUGGAGACCAGCAGAAGAUUCAAAGCUUAAGGAGCUUGUAGCCCAAUAUGGUCCUCAAAACUGGAACUUGAUUGCUGAGCACCUUGAAGGAAGAUCAGGGAAGAGUUGCAGAUUAAGAUGGUUUAACCAGUUAGAUCCAAGGAUCAACAGGAGGACUUUCACUGAAGAAGAAGAGGAGAGACUAUUAGCUGCACAUAGACUUUAUGGUAACAAAUGGGCAAUGAUUGCUAGGCUAUUCCCUGGUAGGACUGAUAAUGCAGUGAAGAAUCAUUGGCAUGUUAUAAUGGCUAGAAAGCAUAGAGAACAGUCUAGCAUUUACAGAAGGAGAAAGCCUGCUCCCUCUUCUUCCUCUCCUUCUUCUCCUGUAGUCCUCCCUAAUAAAGGACUUGAUUCCAUGACUCACCGAAACAAUGCUUCUAGUACUGAUCAAUCAACCAUUACAAGCACCAUUGAUGAAUCUGGCUCAACCUGCACUGAUCUCUCCCUCUCUCCUUCCUCAACCAGACCACCCACACACAUUUUCAGUAGAUUCAGUCCCGUACUGCAGCAGCAACUCCAACUAGCGCAAAUGGGUGAAAAGAAGAUGGUGACAAUGGGAAAAAAUCCUGAUUUUGACAAGUUUUAUGGCACUGGCCAUGGAUUUUAUAAUCAAGAUGGAGUAUUGGUGGUGGGUGUGGACCAAUCUGGUCAGUCAGAUUCAAACUCAUCAGAAGUGUCUGCAGUUGAAUCAGUUGGCACCAAAAGGACCAGUCCCCCCUCCAUUGAAGACCAAGAGAGUGAGAAGAUCAAUCUGCACUUCAUUGAUUUCCUUGGAGUAGGAGCUACUUAAAGAUUAGUUAGUUUUUGGUUAAAAUUAGAAACUUUGGUUUAAGCCAUUGUAGCAACUCUCCUGGUGCUGUUAAAUCAAAAGCUGAGCCUGAGCCUGAGCCUGCAGAAAGCUUAGGUUUCAUUGCUACAGUCUUUAUUGUACAGCCAGUUCCAUAAGUGGAAAAAAGAGAAGUUGAAAGAUAAUGGGAGAUAUGUGACUGUGAGAGAGAGAGAGAGAGAGAGGCUUUAAUCAAGUUUUUGGAGUUAUAUGGGAAGAGGAGCAGGCUUUGACAUUAUUCUCCUCCUCCUUCUCCAGUCCUCCUCUAUGAAGUUAUGGCAUAUAUUGUGUAUGAGAGGUUGAGUCAGGCAAAGCCAAAGUUUCUUUUAUGACUAGUGAAACUGACACAUUGAAUGAACCUACUCAUGUUUCAUGACUUUUCAGUGUUUUGU